AUGGUUGUGCUAGAUUUUGACCUGGAAAGAGACGUCCCUGACUUGACGGGCAAGGUUAUAUUGGUCACUGGAGGCACAGCUGGUUUGGGCGCAUCGUCGGUCGGUCUCUUGGCAAAACGCAACCCAUCGCGUAUCUACAUCACCGGUCGCAAUUCUGAGGCGGCCAAUAAUGUCAUUCGGGACAUUCGACGCGAAACACCUGAAAGCAAGGCGGAAAUUCAUUUCAUCAAAUGUGAUCUUACCAAUCUAUCGUCGGUAAAGGAGGCGGCCGGGUAUCUUCUCGAGCGAGAGUCUCGUCUCGAUGUUCUUAUGGCGAAUGCCGGCAUCAUGGCCACGUCUCCAGGAUUGACAAAAGACGGCUAUGAAGUGCAGUUCGGUACCAAUCACAUAGGACACGCCCUAAUGAUUCGGAAGUUGUUGCCUCUACUUGAGAAGACGGCCGCACUACCGGGAGCUGAUGUGCGUAUCAUUUCGCUGGCUAGUGUGGGUUUCGUCAUGGCGCCCCGACAGGACGGGAUUGUAUUCGAUGAGCUGAGGACUACUCAGGAUUAUUGGAUCUUGGGCCCGUGGCAACGGUACGGCCAAAGCAAGUUAGCUAAUAUUCUAUACGCCCGCGAGCUGGCCCGUCGCUACCCGUCCAUCACAACCGUCGCCAUACACCCAGGUACCACACCAACGAAUCUCAUCAGCGGCUUGUCGCUCAAGAACAAGUCUGUAGUCUGGCUUGGGACGAUGGGCCAGUCUCAGACACUGGAACAAGGUCCUUGGAAUCAGGUAUGGGCGGUUGGCGCUCCUAAGGAUAAAAUCGUAUCAGGAAACUUUUACGAACCGGUAGGGAUUAAUUCGGAAGAUCAGCUGAACUCACAUGCUCUCAAUCAGAACUUGGCUGAGAAGCUUUGGGAUUGGACGGAGAAAGAGAUCAAGGCGUACCUAUGA